GCAGGCGCAGUGGUCACACGACAGAUUGUGUGUUUCCAAAAUGGCGGCGGCGAUGGAUGUGGAUACCCCCAGCGGAACCAACAGCGGCGCGGGCAAGAAGCGCUUUGAAGUUAAAAAGUGGAAUGCAGUGGCCCUCUGGGCCUGGGACAUUGUGGUUGAUAACUGUGCCAUCUGCAGGAACCACAUUAUGGAUCUUUGUAUCGAAUGUCAGGCCAACCAGGCGUCAGCUACUUCCGAAGAGUGUACGGUUGCAUGGGGCGUCUGCAACCAUGCUUUUCAUUUCCACUGCAUCUCUCGAUGGCUCAAAACGAGGCAGGUGUGUCCGUUGGACAACAGAGAGUGGGAGUUCCAGAAGUAUGGGCAUUAGGAAAGACUCUCCUGCAAGGCGUCCCCAUCUGUUACUCGUCUAGUGACUUCCUGUUAAUUAUACAUUAGAUAGAACCAUGGUCCUUUUCCGUUCCUUUGUUUUUGGAGUUUGGUGUUCCCGCAGCCAUAUUGUAUUUUGUGUCAAAUAAAGCCUUUCAGUUGGAGGUG